CUGCCCCCAACAAAUGUCCUCAUAAGGUUCACAAACCUCACCCUUGGUCCAGUCUACGACAAAGCCGAUACAGCUUGCAGAAGCCUUGGCUCCGCCCUCUCUGAUCUCACUGCAACUGCUAUCAUCCCAGGUCCUUGGUCUCUACAGCUAAGACGUUUUGGCUUUGAGUUUGCUGUUUCCCGAUCCGGCUGCCUGCUUCUGCCUAACUCUGUUGAUUCCCACCUCAUCGACUCCGAUUCCGGUUCCGAUGCUGAUGACGAGCCAGAGAACAGCAAGGGCUGCCUCUGGACGCAGGGACUCUACUGUGUCCCAAGGGACUCCGGAGACAUCCAGGUACAAGCUGGUACAGAGGUCCUGCCGAAGCACAUCAUGACACUUGGCCACUUGAUCAUGCGACCGCAGUCCGAGGACACAAACCACAAGCACAAAACGACGACAAGCAUUGACACUGAUGAUGAGGCCCCUUUCUACUUCGAGAACAAGUACUGGAAUCCAACCGGCUAUCAAGUUGUCAUCGAUCUCCAAGACAGCGGGCUGCCCGUCUGGAUCAUCAGAGACGAAGCUUGGCUUGAGAACUACGAGCGGCCAUACUCAUUCCGCAACAUCAUCGAUGCAAUCGGAGGGAAGGGCAUGGCACGUUUCUCAGCGGCCAAGAUCUUGUCAUCGUGUCGCGAUUGGCAGAAGAAGGAGGUUGAGGAAUCACGAGGCUUGAUUGAGCAGACUCGCUGUUGGGUUCGGUCCGCUCGAAUAGACGCUUGGUAUUCCUCCUAG